CCGCACUCGCAGCGCAUCCCCUCACACACCAAACGCAACACAUGAGGGGCAUUUCCUAUAAUUCACACUUCACACACAUACACACACAACAAUAAUACGGUGUCGUUUCAUCCACUUAUAUUCUUUUCCAAAAAAAAAAAAAAGCUAACCCUAGCUUUUUCCCCCUUUCGCCCUUAGCCGCGUUUUUCCGAUCUCGAUUGCUUUCCUCUCUCUCUCUCUCUCUCUUGAUUCCUCCCCCAAUCUUAACGCCACCUCUCUAAUCGAUUCCGCCUCUCGCUAGCUCUUGAUUUUCUGCGCCGAUCGAUCCCAAUUUUUCCCAGGUCGGUGCGCUGGAUCCGUUUUUAGGGUUUCCGUCGCGGAUCUGUUUUUCCCGAUACGGGAUCUGGUAGGGGACAUUUUUUAUUUGAUUUGGGUUCUGGGUCUUUGUCGUCUCGUCCCGUUUUUUGCGAUUUUGGGUUAAUUAUUUUCGAAUCGUGUUUGAUUUGGGUUCGAUCCUUCUGAAACUUGGUUUGGGUUGUUAGAUCUCGCGUCGGGUUAUUCGAUUCGGUUCGAAUCGUAAUAUUUGUCCAUCGUUCUCGUUGGAUUUGAAAAGAUCUAGGGUUAGGGUUUUCUGAAAUUGGGGCUUUUGUUGUUUCGUUGAAUUUCUUUGGGGAAAUUUCAAUUCCUUGAGUAAUUAGGGUUCUCCUGUUUGAUUACAUCCAAUUAGAGGCAUUAAUUGUCCGAUUCAGCCGUGUGCCAUAAAAUUUGACGGAGACUGGUUUAAGGUAAUCAUGGUGCAGAAGCGUUCUUUUGAUGCUGAGGAAAUACUUGAGGGGUCUUUCAAACACCCAAAACAUGCAGGACCAAGCACUGAGCUUUUUUCAUUAUCAGAAUCUGUUUUCCCCGAUGAUGAUUGCCAUUCCCGUAUGCCAAAAACUUCAGAGGAUGGAUGUACACAAUGUAGUAGUGAAGGUAUUGAGAAGCUUGGAGGUGAAAGUUUUGGUGAACUUCCUACAGGGGCUGGGAACUCUGAAACAAGCUUUCCUGUAAUAGAUAUUCCUGCUUCUUCUUGGGCCACCAGUGGCACAAUUGAAGAUCUCCACCUAGAACCACCUUUACAUCUGUCCCUUUUUCCGGAGUAUUUUAGUCCAGAGCGGCCGAUAAGGACAUUAACCCGCAAUGAGGACAUCUACUCCAUACUCCUUGAACACUCUCCCCGUAAACCUGUAUCUGUUGGAUCUGAUCAUCAAGCUGAUGUUCCAGCAUGGGAUAUUUUGGGUGCCACUAAUAGGCCAAAUGCCUCUGAUGCUGUUUCAGUUUCAGACUUUACUGUUGGGCACAUUGACGAAACUGAAAAAAGACUGAUGGGGACCUGUGUAAUCCCUAUGCCUCAGAUGGAAUUGUCUAGCAAUGAUGAUGAAGUUGGAAAGGCAAGUACUGACUGUAGCUGUGAAGACCAGGGUUCCAUGAGAUGUGUCAGACAACAUAUUGCUGAAGAAAGAGAAAAACAUAUAAAAACAUUUGGGGUUGAGAAAUUCACUGAAUUGGGAUUCACUAACAUGGGAGAACAAGUGGCAGAAAAUUGGAGUGCUGAGGAUGAACAGCUAUUUCACGAGGUUGUUUUCAAUAAUCCAGUAUCCCUUGACAAGAACUUCUGGAACUAUCUUUCCAUUGCUUUUCCUUCACGAACCAAAAAGGAAAUAGUGAGUUACUACUUUAAUGUCUUCAUGCUUCAAAGGAGGGCAGAGCAGAACAGGAACGACCUGUUAAGCAUUGACAGUGAUAAUGAUGAAUGGCAAGGUAGUGAGGGCAAUGAUAUUGCAACUCGAGAGGAAGACGAGGACUCUGUUGCUGAGUCCCCUGUAUGUCAUGAUGAGACUUGUAUGGCUGACUGCCACAAUAAUGAUCUGCAAGCCUAUAAUGAGUAUGCCGCUGAUGAAACUUGCGCAGCUAAUGAAACAGUGGAUUUUACCAAUAAGAACAUAGAUGAUGAUUCCCAAUACGAUCCUAUAGAGAUGCAUCAUUCUAGUGGUUCCCCUCUAAUUCAACCCCAGGAUCAGCCUAUUUGGCAGGAUUCAUGUGAUGGAAAAGUUAAAGAUGAUUCAUGCACAUCAUCAGAUGUAGGAGUUGCCUCACAGGAGACUAAGGUGAAUACUGAGAAUGGUGAUCAUUGGUGUGGUAACUAUAAUGGGGUAAACAAUGGUUAUAGCCAAGGAUAUGUUUUGGAGCAUUGUGAUGCAAAAGUGUGGGAUUCUGGAUUUGUAUCAUGCUCUAAAAAUAAGAUUGACUUCGUACCUACAUGCAACAUGAUAGAAGAGGUUUUUGGUGAUGGACGAAGGCAAGACAUUAGAAGAGCUUGAGCAAUCUCCCAGGCUUUUAUGUGAAGCGAAUCUCAGUUAGCAUUCUCUGCUAAGGGUGAUCAGACUUCGAUUUUUGUUUUUGUAUAUUUGACAUUAAGAUUCAAAAAGUAAACCUUCAUUGUAAAAUAGUGUUUUGGAAGGUGAUUUGGUCUUUCUGAGUUGUGUUGUCUCGUAUAUUCUUUUCAAGUCCGUUUGGAACUGUAAAAUUUCUUAUUCCUUAAUUUAUGAGUUUCCACUUUGAGGUGGGAUAUAAGAUUGGAGGGAGGAAAUAGUUGGUGGAAAAGAAACCAUCACUGAAGGAAGAGUUCCGGUUUUAUGAUGUAAUUUGGCAUUAUUUAAUCGUUAAUGAAAAUUCUCAAUGGUAUAUUGCUUUCUUU